GGACGAUUCUUUCGUUUUGUUAGCUGCGUGGAGAAGAACGAAUAAGAACCAUAGCGUCAAACAAAGAAUGAGUGAAACCUUUUCUGAUGUUUCUAUUUCCAUAACGAUAACUUCAUUAACCAAUUUUAUAUCAUUCCUAUUAGGAGUUAUAACUCCUUUUAGAAUUAUUCGUAUCUUCAGUAUAUACAGCGCCAUAUCCGUGUUAUUCGAUUAUAUGUACCAAAUAUUCUUUUUUGGUGCGUUGAUGGCAAUCGAUGGGUACAGAGAAAAGCAUAAUCUUCAUUCCUUAUUUUUGUAUCCUGUUCGAAACGAUGCGGCAGAAAGAAAAUCUUCAAAUAUUCAAAAUAUUCUGAACGUCCUGAAAAUAAUGAUAAGUAUCCCAAAAGAGUUUGGAGUUUUACUAAGUAGAAAGAUGACUAAAGUAUUAGUAAUAUUAUCAUUCAUUUCUCUAUUAGCAGGAGCAAUUUAUAAUAUUAAUUCUAUAAAACAAGGCUAUGAUUUUAUUAAAGUUUUUCCAUUCAAUUCUUUUGUUCACAAAUUUAUAAAACUUCAUUAUCAAUAUUUUACCGAUUAUCCUUGCCGAGUACAAAUAGUGUUUAAUCAAACUCUAGAUUAUUCAAAUCCAACCGUUCAAAUGGACAUAGAAAACAUUUUAAGAACAUUCGAAAGUGCACCUUACGCGACUGGAUCCAAUUAUUCCGAAUGUUGGUUGAGAGAAUAUUUGUCUUAUAUUCGUGAUUCUAGAAUAAAUUACUUGAUUAAAGAUUUUGAUGUAAAUACGACGAAGGGAUUUCUAGAAGGAUUAAAAAAAGUGUUUUUAAAAUUUCACAAUGGAAUAUUUGAAGAUGAUAUCCUGUGGAAUAAGGAACGUGACCAAAUUGUCGCUUCGAGAUGUUUACUUGCUUAUCGCAACGUCAGAAGCGGAAGUGACGAAAAAUUUUUAAUCGAGGAAUUACGUAAAAUAGCAGCUGAUAGCAAAUAUGAUGUGUUUGUUUAUAACAUGUGGUUUGUAUUCUACGAUCAAUAUUUAAAUAUGCCUACAAUAUACUUGAAAUCAAUUGGAAUCGCUAUUGUGUCGGUAUUUGUAAUAUUCUUUGCAUUUAUUUCUGACAUAUCUUACAGCAUUGCUGUUUUAUUUAUGGUUAUUUGUAUUCAAAUAGAAGCUCUAGGUUAUGCAAGUGCAUGGAAUGUCGGUUUACAUCUUUUCUCUGUAAUAAUUUUAAUUAUGAGUGCGGGAUUUUGUGUUGAUUACUCGGUGCACAUUGCUCACGCUUAUAAAAAUUGCAAAGAAACAGAUCCUAAUGAGAAAAUAAAAGCAGCUUUCCAAUGCAUAGGAUAUCCUAUUGUUCAAGGAUGUUUCUCCACUAUAAUUGGAGCAUUAAUUUGUGUUUUCGGAUCGUCUUAUAUGUUGAUUGUAUUUUUUAAGAUAAUUGUUUUAGUUAUGAUAUUCUCAAUGUUUAAUGGUUUAAUUGUAUUGCCCGUUAUCCUUAGUAUCAUUGAUUCAAUUCACAUUCCUUGGAUGAAGCAACUUAAUAUUGUCUCCUCUACUUGAUGUAAUUGUUAUUGUUUGUAUUAUUGAAUUUCUUUAAAAAUACAAAUUAUAACUAUAUAAUUUAUACAAAAAACAGG